AUGUCGCGUUCAAGACGAACGGUCGUCCCAAUCGACAAGGCUAUUUUAGAGGCCCUUUCAAAAGUGGAAGAUGUGGAUGGGCUAUCAGAAAAAGAGAUUUGUGAGAACUUGGAAGUCAUGUACGACAUUUUGCAAGCUUGCGACCCAAAGCAGGUCACAAAGUACUUUACACAGGAUCAUCCAAUACUCUUUGAUGCGAUCCUUACACUAGCGCGGAUUGAUUUGCUGCCCUUGGAUGUGAAUGUUCUUUCUGUCUUGGAAUUUGUGAAUGAGUACGGCUUUUUGAAAUUGACCUUGGAUCCCCAUGACACCGUGAAAGUGAGCAACGAGAGGCUUCAAGUGACGUCUUUUGACUUCGCAUCGGUGACCCUUCCGGAGCUUCCCUUCGGAGCUUCAAGGGAAUUGACCUUGGCCUUCUACUUCACAGUGGAUGAUUUCGGCUCGGACGAAAGUGAUGAAAAACGCUUUGGCUUUCAAUUCAAUUCACUUCGGGUGUACUUCUCGCCCGAGCAAGAUGAUGCUGGAAUCGACAUGUUCCGCAAAAUCUACCUGGAUUGGGGCAAAGAGAGCCAAGAACCACAGUGCUUCCAGAUGAAUUUCUCGUUUUUGGAAGGUGAGCGUGUCCGAUGUAUCUUGAACUUGUCUCAAGAUGGCAUCAGUUGUUUGCAGGUGUGUAAAGUGGGUGCCUUUGCUCACAGUGUUUAUGUAAUGCCCUUGGCGCUCACUCUCACAGACUUUUGUCAUCCAACUCGCACGACCAUUGCUCAGCUAUCCAUAUUCAUAGAGGCACCUCGCUGCAAGAAGCUUUUUUCACUGGAGAGCAUAGCUCUGCUUCAGGGCACAUAUGCGGCACUUGACCAGGAAGUGGACAUUUGCUGGCCGAAGCUGCAGAAAGUUUGCUUCCGGCUCAUCGACCUCAUGUCCCCCUUUAUGAGACGUACGCGUCACAAGGAUUCACAUUUGGAUCUUCGAGCUCGGGUCAUUGCUGCUGUUUUGCACUUGCUUUUGGCACUCAGUGAGUCCGGUGUACGGACAUACAGUCAGGAUUCAAUCACUUCGAUCCUGAAACAUAUUGACCGUAUCGUGCUGAGGACACAAGACAUCUCUAAGGUGGUCCCCUCAUUGCGAUAUUUCAUUGACUUGCUGGAAUACUACGUUGGUCUUGAAAACACCAACGUUUUUGAAGAGGAAAAGGCAUGGCUCGUCCAGCUGAUAGGGCACUGCUGUGCCGAUGACGAACACCUUUGUGCUGAGCUCCUAAGGUACAAGGAGGGUUCGCUGCUGAUCUCACUCUCCAGGAUGUUGAUGGAUGAUAGCAAAAUUGCGUGGAAGGAAGUGCUGGUGCUGCGUGAAAUGCCAAAUCAUGAUCCUCGACACAUCCAUCCGAUUUUGAUGAUGCAGCGAUCUGCACUGUUUGCAUUGUCUUGCUUGAUGCAGCCGCAGCAGAUUGCGGAUCUGGUCAUGCGCGCAAUUGACUGCAAGCUUGAGCGCCGCAGUAUUGGAACGUUGGACAAGGAAACCAUCACGAACUUUUUUGCAGACCAAGAAUCGAGGAAAACCUACACGAUGUCCUUUGUGAUCGUCAUGAGAACAAACCAGUGCAGACGUUCUGAUGAACCAGAUUUCCAACCGCUGGUCUUGGGAGCAGAAACAAAUUUGCCAAGUGUGUACAUCAAUUUACAGGACUUCAGGUUGUGGAUUCAAGUCUCCACUGUUUCAGAGAAGCAUGAGACUUUUGUUUGUCAGCAAGGCUUGGAUUCGCUGCCCCCGGGACAAAUUGUCGUUACCAUCGUGGUGAACGGCUCAUCGAUCCAAGCAUACUUGAAUGAGCAGGCACAACUGCCGAAUUCAAAGAAGUUGAGUGAUGACCCGAAGACCCUUCAGCAUGGCUCCAUCUUCAGUGGAAAGAUGCAACAGCUCAUGCCCAAAGGUGAGGACGGAAAGUUUCCAGUCUUUGAUGGUGUGCUUACACUUCUAAGAGCUAGUCAGCAUCCAGCUGCCCCACAUGAAGUUGACAACUCAAUCCGUGCAGCACAGAAAGAGGCAAAGCAUAUUCUUACAAGGAAGAAAGAGCGAAAUGAAGGAGUUGCGGAUUCGGUCUUCAAUGUGACUGAAGUCUCCUCGGUCUUGUUGCAGUUCAUCAGACAUCAAUUCCAUGAUGAUCCAGCCACUCGGCGUGAAAAGCGAAGGCUAGGAGAAUUGGAUCUCGUUGAUCCAACCACAACUCUUUGGAUCCUUUGCAAUUGUGGACUUUGUGCUCAACUUCUGCCUGAGUCUCACCCCAAAUUUGUGGGAUUACUGAAGACGCCUUUGCAACGGGCAAUUUUCUUGGCUGCUCUUGUGGCGGACAACUUUGAAAAGACUGAAGUGCAUGAGCUGCAGGUUGGGUUCCCCCCGGACUAUACCACUGAGGCGAUUGCACGACCCAAACCGCCAGAUCACUCUGUCCUCAUUGCAGCUGCAGUUUUCAUCAACCACUUGUUGCAAUCACCACGCGGCCGCACAGUGAUGAGCGAAGAUACAUCUGCGUUGUUGGUCGUGCGCUUGAUUCCUUUGAGUGGAGUGCAAUUGGAUCUUUCAGGCUAUGUGCAGAAGUCCUUUCGCACUCUUACGCCAAAGAUUUGUGCACUGAUGCUGCAAGCACGCCAGGAUUCUGCCACAACGUCACUGGCUUUGGAUGCACUCUUCAAAAAGAGCGUCAGCGAAGAGGGGAUGAUCUUCAAAGAAGAUUUACAACAUUUGCUACUGUCACAAGGGCUAACGGCCCUCAUGAACAUCAUGCAUGGCUCAGCAAUAAGCCAAAAGAAGUCGAACACCCGCUUGCAGUCCUUGCAGAUUGACGUCAUGCACACAAAUGAGGCCAUGCGUGCUGCAGAACAAGCAAAGGCCCACGAUAUGGAAAGCAUCCUUGCCAUGCACCGAAGGCACUUGGAGAAUUGCCAAAAUGAGAUGUCCAAAAUUAAGACAGAAAUGGAAGAUCUGGAGCAUCUUUCAGCCAUCUGCCAGAAACUUCAACGUCAGCUCUUCCUGCAGCUGCAUCACAUCAUGGACGAAAUCAUUCAGGGCUUGCCUUUGCGCCCGGCUGACUUGCGCUUACUCACUCAAAUGGUAAACAUUGCAUCCGGUGUGCCUUACACAUCUUUCUACCGCAGUAGCGAGCUCUAUGCACAGAAGAUGCUGGAAACUGAGCUCUCAGAAGGCAUGCCUUGGGAAGUAUGGCUCGAGUAUUCUUAUCCCGGAGCAUCCAACUUCUCUGUAGCUGAAGUAAUGAAGCUAUUCCCCUUGAGACCUCGAAUGAGAGGGCCUCGCAGCACAGUUCUUCUGAAUGUCAUGGAGGAGGCCAACCUGAGGGAUGAGCGAAGCAUUUUAGCUCCAAAGCUACGGAAUGGAGCCUCCUCCAGCACCGAGCAUGUCUUCGUCCACAUCGUGGGAUCCUCGGAGAAAUUGCAGGCAGAUGUCGAGGUGAGACUGUUGCCGGACUUCGACCCAUCCCUCCGUCUUGCACAGGAGCAUCUGGCUUUUGAAGGUCGAAUCAUUGAGUUUGUCAUGGCAGUCUUGAAGAAUAACGAGCUGCCACGAGAUGCAUAUGCAAAUGCUUGCGUAUUGCUUGCAUCGCAAGCAAAUGAUAUGAGGGCAGCAUCAUGCAUUCCACACCUGGCAACUCUUCUGGCAACAUGCUGUCGGGAUCCAUGGGUUCUUCGUGUGAUCUGUGGAGAAGUGCUUCAAAGCAUUUUGUACCCAGACAAACAUUUGGCGCCAAUACUGUAUCUCGCAGGAACAGCAGCUAGCACUCCUUUGGAGACUCGCUUGUCUGUGCUUCAGGUUUGCAGUUAUGUGGUUCAUCCCUCAAUGACUCCAGAAGAAGGCUUCUUGCAAUUCCUUGAGAAUGUCUACCGACAACGCAUAGAGCUUCCAAGAGACGAUGAACUUUUGCGGCCGUCUCUAGGAGAAGAGCACAAGAGAGCAUCCGCGGUGACCUCACUGAUGAGCUCUUUGCACAAGCAGCUUCCUCGCUCUUUCCAAAUUGCUUUCUUCAACUUGGCAGAAGCCAUUUUGGCCAGGGAUGCAGGAGAAUGUGCGGACCUCAUCAAUGAGAACCAGUGGAAUGAUGGUGCUGUAGUAUUUGCAGAACAGACUCCCGGCAAGUUUGCUUUUUGGAGAGAAUUCUAUUGGUUUCUCAUGUAUGGUCACCCAGACGUGCAAGAUGCUGCAGUGCGUCUUUUGCUCAUUCUGUUUUGGCAACAGAGUGUGAAUCUCAUUAGCUUGAUUUGCAGCACGCAAGAUUCGGGACAACUUUCUGGUGAAUAUUGGUUGGUUGUGCCGCUGAUGCGGCUUCUGGGACACAAGAACGAUGAUGUUGUGAAGGACAUUCUUACUCUUUUUACACCUCUAGCCCAAAGUCAAAGCGAAAAUGACGAUGACGAUCUUGACGAAGCUUCAGAGGAUAAAUUGUUGAGACUUGCCAAGACGAUGAUCUCAGAAGCCAAUCGAUCCGAGAUCUUGAAAAAGGCCAUGGUGCAAGUCAGCCCUCGCUUCAUCGUCCGAGCCAUGGAUUGGCCAUGUGAUGUACGGGAUUUUGUCCUGCAAAUCGUGUUGACACGGUCAGUGAUGCAAGAGUUGAUCGUUUCUCCUGAACUAAACACCGAGUUUUGGGAUGUGAUUAUCCACCUUUUGCGAGAGUGCGGUUUGGCCGGACAAGCUUGGGUCUCGACCACCUUGAAGGAGCUUGCCCGAAUUGCAGAAAAGGUUGUAGCUUCAUCCAGUGAUCUACGAAUGGUUCGGAGCAUUUGCUCACCAAAGGUCAUUGCACCAUUGGUCUCCCAUAUCGCUGCCGGGACUGUCCUGUCGGAUUCUGACGUCGCCAAGGAGAUGUCGCACGCAUUGGCGGAAGUGCCAGAUUCUUUGCUGGCGUUGCUAGUUUUGCUUCCUGAAAAGGAGCAGAUUAAGCUGUUGUAUGGCACUCUCAAAGACUUGCUGAACAUUGAUAUCCAAGAAGUGGAUGAACGCUUUCAGCCGGGGCACAACAAGAGGACAAAUGAUGCUGUGAAGACAUGGGUCGGACGCUGUAUUCUCAUUUUUUUGUCGGCUGCGUUACUGAGUGAUGUGGAACGUCAGUAUCCUACCGAUUGCCCAGCCGAAGAGACAUCUGAUGGUUCCAUGAUUACUCAUCCACUUCCCAUCAUGGUACCUGGUGCACAGCAAAUCAACAUCACGUGUGUGAAGAAGAAAGCAAUGACCGUGGACAUUUUGGUCUCAAAGGACAGUGCCGAAGCAUCCAUGGAUCCGAAGCGUGCAGAUGUGGUCAUCCCAACCAAAACUUUGCCAUAUUCUGUGCAGAUCUCUUUCGAAACAGAGUUUGCAGUCAUCACUCCUGGAAAGGCAUGGUGCUGCUUCGACAAAUCCAUGAGCCGUGGUGAAAACCGUGAAGAGUUCAAGAUGCGCAUUGAACCGCAGUUCAUGUUUGGCACGGUGAAGAGAGAGGCAGUGGAUGAUUUCUUUGCGACGGGGCAUUUCAAGCGGCUCCUUGAUACUUUGUUGCCCUCACCACCCGAUGAUCCGAAUAGUGUGAGAGGCGUCCCGCUGGGAGUGAUCCAGUCCAUCAACUGGGUUUUCAGUGUGCUGGCCUUUGAAUUGGAAUCAUCGCUGAAAGGACUUCGCCAUGCGCCACUAAAGUCCUUGAAUCCUGAAUUCUGUCCCAUUUUGCAGAUGCUGCGAGUGGUUCGGACUGUGGUUUAUCGGGUAGUGGCAGCAAGGCCUCAUGAAGAGGACUAUGAGGCAUUGCAAGUGCAAAUGGCAGCAGCUGAAAAUACGAUCUACGUUUUCUCACGGGUCCCAGCUUUCAAGGAAGCAAUUUUAGGUGGUCCAAAGUGGACAAACCUACCACUUCUUUUAGACAUGAUGAAAAGCAGGCUUGAACCAAAGUGGGUCUCUACCAUGGCCAAGGUGCUGGCUGCUAUUAUCAACCGGAAGCCUGAAAGCAUCAAGUCACCAUUCGAGGCACUUCUCAUUUAUUUGGAUUUGGCCAUGAGCCAAAGAUCUGGGGAUGUGGAUGCUAAAGCAGAUGCUGUGGAUUCUCGAGUGUUGACGCCUGUGGUCACCGUCUAUGCCGACCUCUUGGAAGCUGGUUGGACUCCCACCUACACUGAGAUGGAUCGCAGACCUAAACAUGGCGUCCCUUCACUGCGAGAUGAGCGCAACGCUGCUGCGAAAAGCUCAGAUCUCUGCCGAUUUGCCUUACUUUUGGCAUGUAUUCGAAGCAUUCGAGUUCUGGGUGCGCGUUUGGCUCGUCGGCAACCGCUUCUUCAUUUGACUCGCUUUGCGAACAUCUGCAUGCUGCCACCGGAUCCCAAAACACAAAAGCCAUAUCAAGGGCUCCCGCCUCAAGGCUUGUCUUUGGCCUUGCCACGAAAGUCCUUUCACAUGCCACCCUUCGCUUACUCCAUGUGGCUCUUUUUGCAAGAUGAUGUGGUCAGAAGUGAGUCUGGCAUCCGGAUUUUCCACGUGAUGAGCCAUGCGACACCUGCAAGCACAGUCCCACAAGUUCAGCUUUAUGUCUUGCCAUCUGAAUCAAGAGAACUUGGACAAUGCAGGCUGGAGGUAUGCCUGAGUGAAAUGAAGUUUGCUCCCAAAGAAGGAAAGGGAUUUAUACGACGCCACUCUUGGGCUCAUGUUGCGCUGAUGCUCGGCCGGCGAAAAAUCAUUCUUUUCUUGAAUGGUGAAGAAAUUAUGGAAAAGGAGACUGAGGGCAUGCAGCAGUUUUCGCAUUUGUCUGGGCCGCAACUUGGCAGCUGCUACCUUGGGGUGCCACCUCCGGAUUUAGUACCCUACCAUCCCAUGCAUUGGUUUUUUCCUGGAUAUAUCUUCGACUUGGCCUACCACGACGAAGGCCUUACAGCUUCCCAGGUUCAAACUCUGCACACUGGGGGUCGGCCAGCACUUCCAGAGAAUGUGAGUCUUUUUGAAACCGAAGAAGACACGGAAUCAUGCUGCAUUUUUCCUUACAUGCACUUCAAGCCAACUCCAUUAAGCUGGUUGGUCACAAGCGACGUCUGGGAAAGAUUGGAAGGCCCAAUUUUGGGACUCUUGGCUUCAAAGGAUCACUUGACAAAGGAUGACGAGGCCGAUGAGAGCUUCCAACUUGAGGCUAUACAGACCUUGCGCCGGGCUGCCAGCAACUUGCUCGCAGCCUGUUUCGAUGUGGAUGAGCUCUCAAGCGUACGACUUCGCCAGUGGGCCGUGAAUUUUGCACAGGUGAAGCUUCAAGCACCCCCAGUGAUCAAGCUCCACUUGAACGACGAGAGUUUCGCUUUUGAGUUCAAGCUGCGCUUCCGACAGUACAGCAACUUGGAAGAGGGAGCUAAGCUGCAAACCAUCAUGGCCAACGUGAAUGAGAAACGUACGGGAGGGGCCUCGGAUGCCAGAGACCAGUUUCGCAUUUGCCUUGAAAGCUUGUCAAGUACAACUGCAGAUCCUGAGAAGGAUGGUAUGUACACAGGAGAAGAUUCCAAAAACUGCUGGUUUUUGACAUUUAUCUACUUCCAAAAUGUCACACGAUUGAAACUUCCUCCGCAGCGGGGUCGUGAUGGCUGGCUUCAUUGCACCAUCGGAUAUGUCGAUGGCAAGACAGAGCUCGCUGCGUCCUGGGACGGGGCAAAGCCACGGAUUGUCGUGGAGAGCUAUACAAAAGACAUGUUUCGAACUGAAGCAUACCUAGGAUGCGAGGUACAAGUCAACGGAAAUGUGAAAAAGAUUUGCAACCAACUCUUAUGUGACCUGGCCUAUGUUCGAGUUUGGGACAACUAUGAGCCGGCAGACAAGCUGAACGAAGAAUUUGCUGAUGCGGGAGCCCCAAAUGCCAUGCUCGUGGCUGGGAAUCAGGCAGUUUUCGUGUGCCUCUUGCCAAUUAUUCACGAAGCCCAUGGCUACAUUCUUGAUGCUGUCCCAAUGUCCACAGAUACUGGUCCAACAGCCAAUAUUCACAAUACACAGAAGUCCGGUCCCAAUACGCAAGUCUUUCCAACUGUAAGGGCUCGAUAUGACACACUACGACAGUGGCCUGGAGCUUUAUUCUGUUCUCAGGAUUAUGUUCCGAUGUACACCGCACCACGUGCCAUCUCAGAUGGACUUGUGCAACAGGAUGGUUUACUGCCUCACAGUUGUGCUGUUCUUCGUGCUCACGGCUCCCCAUCGCUGGCUCUCCCGGUUGGGACAGGCAAUUGGCCCUGCACGCAAUCAUGUGUGCCCGAGCGUGGUGCAUACCAAUUGCAGUGGCUCAUGCAUCAUCCCUCUUCUGUGAAUGGUCGUAUCAAGAGAGAGCAAUGUGCGAUUGGCUUGGAGGUGGUUCUGACAGACAAGGAGGAUACCUUGGAGGUGUACCGCAUCAACUGUUCCAGCCUGGAAGUUUUUGUAGAUUCAAGGAUGGUGCAACAAACGCCGGACAAACGCUUGGAGAACUUGGAAGAAGUGAGGGCCGCUGCUAAGGUCAGCCUUUCUCGACGAGGCUGCAUCUUGCGCAUGCAACUACUUUUUGUUGAAUCAGCGCUAUGGGUGUCCGUCUUUUUCAAUGACAUGUUGGUGGAUUCCUGUUGUUUGAUUCUCCCAACUUCUAUUUCAGCCAUUGUCCCAUUCGUGCACAUGGGCUCGUCUGGCCAUGUGUUCCAAUCCCUACCGAGCCUUUUUGCCACCGUCGCUUGUGAGCACUUGAAGUUUCAACUACCCGGGAAGAAGGAGCGCUUCACUGUACGAUCAGUGCCACAGAUUUCAUGGCCUAGCUUUGAGCAAGGCGUUACACCACCAGCCGUGUCGACCUCGAAUUCGAUCUACGCAGCCUAUUGCAAUUUCAGAGAUUUUGAGGCUGAAGUGCUGCCGCAUCGAUCCAAUGAUCUUGUUCUGCAACGAAUCAACUUACCCUUGGCAGAUCCUCGUGCUGACAAGACUCGAGCCUUGCUUGAAGCCAUUCUUGAAGGUGUGUUGGAGAAGGAUUCUGAGAUUCGCUUUCCGGAUGACAUGCCUUUGCUGUGUGCCAUGUGCUCCUCAGAGCAGAUCUGGCGCUUUGUCGCACGGAAGCGGAAGGACUCAGAGCUUUACAAGGCCAUUGUCAGCCUCUUGGGCAGCCGGGCAAGCUUCGCCGGUUUGGCCGAAACCACUCGACGGAGGCGCUGUGCUUUGCAAGCAAUUGGGACUUUGCUCCAAUUGCCUCAUACCUAUGAGGCCUUGUUUGAGAUGGGAAUCCUGCAACUGAUGGCGACAGAGAUUUCUGAAGACUUGGCGGGUCUGAAGGACAACUUCUCAGAUGCCAGCGGCCUGACCAUUCGCUUGCAAACCCGAGUGCUACGAUUUGAGGGUUGGAAAAAUCGGCUCAGAGCUGCGCAGAAUGCCUAUGCACUUGCUUCCAGCACAGCUCAUUUGCUGUCUCCCAUAGAGGCUCCAAGUUUUAUCGAACAGUUUAGCAAGGCACGGGAAGCCAUUGGCACCGAAAGUCAGGAGCGACAAGAAGUCACCAAUGUAUUGCAAGAACUGGAAGAUGCCAUCGCGACAGAUUUGAGCAAGUUUACGGAAGCUUUGCAAACCUUUGCAAGCGGGGCAAACUCAAAAUCACAGAGCUUGAUUUCAAGCCAACCAAGCGGAGCUGAUCACAGUAGAACUAUUCUUGGUGUGUUGAAUACUCUUUGUCAUAUGUUGGGACAUGAUGAAUAUCCAACUCGUUCUGCAGAAAGUGAACAUCAAGCUCAUCGGUUGAAGAUGCACGCCUCCAGCAACAUCUACGAAUGUCACGUUCCUGAUACUUCUAGCAACGUCAUAACCUUCGACAAUUUGCCCAUUGGAAACGGCUCAGUGGAAAUCUUGGAAGAAGGUCAUCGUCGAGGUCUCUGGUCUCGCUUGACAGAAGAUCCUGCGAGUUUCAAGGUUCUCGUCCAUUCUGACACCUUCCAGUGGCGUUUUAAAUAUGAAUCGGAAGAAGUCAUGAACGCAGUGCAUGAUGAAGAUGCAGCUGAUCGAGUCAAUCAUGGAUAUCGCUUUGUCGUUCGUCCUGUGUGGGACACAGAUGACAGAGACACCAUCAUGGCCAGGCGUGCAGCUGUGCUGGACAAACCAGGCUUUGUGGAACUGCUCACCACCUUACAUUCACAAUCAAAAGGAUUAGGUCCAAGUGGUGCAUCAGUUCAAGCAGAAGUUGAUGUGAAAAUCGUGAUGCUUUUGUCCUUUCUAGCACAGCGGGGCAGUGAAGCUCCUCAUCCUGCCAUCAUUGCGGACUCCAAGGUGGAACGGGUGAUUUUCCAAGUCAUGUUUCAGCUCCUACAAAAGAGGCCAAGCAUUGAAGAGCAAGCAGGUGUUGGUGGCCAAAGGCGUUCACCUUUGGACCGAACCCACAUUGCUGUAGCUCGAUUCUAUCAUGGCAUCUCAUCGAGUGAGGAAGGGCGCCAGCAUUUUGCCAACCACCAGGAUGCCAUCAUGAGAAUUGUAGACAUUGCCAACAACAAUACGCAAGGUGCUAUAAAGCCCGACUGUGCUCCACCUUCGCACGAAGCAUUAUGCUAUGAUGGAAAUUACAUUAUCCGAUGCUUGACAAACUUCUCGAACAAGCCGUCCAAGUGGGCAUUGACCAAGUCCUUGAAUUUGUUGCGGCCAAAACAGCACACAGGAUGGAUGUGCGAAUUUGCAAGGGGUGAAGUGGUUUGGAGUCUCUCGCUUCACAUCUUUCUGAUGGAUGAACAUCGUGGAGACAUGCCGGGGAUGAUCUUCUACAAAGGGACCUCCUUCUCGGAAGUGCAGCUGGCAGUGGGCGUCUCUCAUGCUGUGGCCGUUGCAACUGAGAGCAGGGUGAUCCCUGGCUGCCACCCCAUUGUCAUCCAAUACACCCACGAUGGCAGGUUGAAACGCCUGGUGAUCCCCAACAAGUUUCUGGAAAUCUAUCGCUGGGCUCACUUGGUGGUUGCAGUGGAAAGCGGCGGUCUGACUGUCAUCAUGAAUGGUGAAAUCAUCUUCACACAUACAUUGCCAUGCGAGCUUAUGGUGAACUUUCAAGCGGGUCAUCAAGACACUUUUCUUGGAGCACCACCAUGGGAAUAUGGACGAGCGACAACUGUGAGUGCGUGGGUGUUUCAUUUGAUGCUCAUAGCUGGCACAGCCUUGGAACCACAAGAAGCACGGAAGACCAAACGUCAAGAUGAACAGAAGGCAUGGAUUGACAAUGGCACUGAUAUGAAGCAUUUUGACUAUUCUCGCUUGGGACAGCCUGGAAUCGAUGAUCUUCCUGAUCCUGUUCAUUUGCCAGGCGUUCCGGUGCAGAUCUUUGACCCUCGGUUGAAAGUGGCAUCAGAGGAAGGGAUUGAAGUGCUAUGUGAUUUGCUUGAAGAUCCUUUGGAAUCGCAAAAGCAAGCAGCAGGCCAGGCCUUGCGCAAUCUAGCAGAUCCUGCUGUGGUGACUAACAUGAAGCGGGUGGUGAGUGUACUUUUGCGCGAGUCUGAAGAAGACGGCAAGUCCAAAAUGCAGAAUGUCUACAAGGUGAUGCUAGAAGCACGAGAAGCUGCAACCUUUGAAGCAGUUGCAGAGUUGGCCACAAAUCUACUUACUUGGGUUCCACCACCUGGAGAAAGCGGUAUUGACAAGAUUGCUCGCCUUGAACUCAUCAAACACAUUGUGAAGCAGCAUCCUGAUGCAGCAGUCACUGAAGCCCGAGCACCAAUUGUGGUGCAUCAACUGCUCAUGCUGAUUCACUUUCCAGAGAAUGUGAAGUGCCUUGCGGAUCCAUCUGUGCAGGCAAUGAACACGUUCUUCCGCUUCUUAACGUUGGGAUUCACCACAGUCACCCGCACGCAAGAUCUUUUGAUCAAGCUCUUGGCAGGUCCUUUACCGGAGGUGCGUCAGCAAUGGGCCGAGGAAAUCUGCCAAGGAGAGAAAUUCCAACGUUUCAUGCAGCAGCUGAUCAGGCGGAAAGACGACCGUCGAAUCAGCAGUCAAUAUCGUGUCCUCUUGAACUUUGUUUUGCAACAAUGCAAUCAGCGUCGUUUGAUGGGAACCUUGUGCGCCAUCCGUGAUGACGACUUGUCCAAUGACGAGCUCUUCUUGGUUUCGAAAGUCUUGUACAGCUGUCUGUCUACAGUGCCUACCUUUGUGUCCACUAAGGCCAUCCAAGCACCAAAACCCUUGAAGAAAGCACGUGCCUCGGAUGGCUUAGGACAAAUCAUGAAGCUACGGGUGCCCGGAGCACCCAGCAUGAUCGUCCGUGCCAUCCCACAAGUUGGGCGUCAGAUCGGAGAAGAUGCCAAGAGUGUCUUGGGUCAAACUGCCAUGAUCGAAUGGAAUGAAGAGCCAACCAUUGUAGAUCCCAAUGAGAUCAUCAUUUGGCUGGCCAAGACGGAAUCUUCCUUGCAGCAACCAAUCCACAAGCGAGAGGGAAGUUGCAAAAUGAUCCUGGCGCACACGCGGCCCUUAAGGAUGGAGCUGGCUGAAUCGGAAGCUCCGAAAGCACAGGACUCGGCAUACUUCAAGGAUAGAUAUCGAAAUGCUACGACUGAGCCCGUAGAUGUCUUCCAGCUCGACUUCCAUGACACGAUCUACUAUCAGUUGCAAUUCAUGAGCGGCAAGCAACUCGAUGCCUACUUGGAGAAGGAUGACAUUGAAAUGGUGGCUGAUGAGCCUCCUCGAGUUGUCUUGCAGGGCUUGACAGAAGGUAUGGUGUCACAGGACACCUCAGAAGAUAAAUGCAAAGUCAACACAAGCUACGCGUUUGAAAAGACUGCAGGUCGAUCUGAAAGCAUCAUCGAGUAUAUUCUUCGCUUGGUGGAGGGCAUUGAGUCACGCCUGAAGAGAGAGUUGGAGAGCGACAAAGACAAGACGGCCAAGGCGGAUGAAGAUGCUGAGCAUGACAGUGAGAAGUCAGAGGUCUUGGCAAAAGAAGAUCCCACUGGCAUCUUGGAAUUCAUGAAUCGCUUGCUGAAAUGGACGCGCAUAGCAAAGGCGACCUCCAGGAAUUUAGAUGCUUUAGGAGAUGGUCAAGUUGCUGCGGGUGGUCAGGAUAUUGAUGCAGCAGCUACAAAGAACGAUGAGGAUCGAACCAAUGUGAUCGCCAGCAUGAGCUACAUUCGACUGAAUGAUCAGCUUCGACCCAUUCAGCGCAUUUUAGCUUUGGCUGUUUUGGCUGUUGCCAGUAAACAGCCUCACAAGCUGACAGAAAGCAUCAACCGAAUCCUCAACUUGGUUGACAGCUUGGACCCGACGGUCGCACAAUCGAUGUGUGACUCCAUGCUUCAACUCUUGUCGAUUCCACGAAACAUCGCCAAGUUUAGUCGUGCAAAUGUGGAGAAAGUCUUGUCCAGCAUGACUCAGGCCUUCUUUUCACCGGAAAAGGCGGAGGCAUCGCUUCUGUCGUUUUCCAACAUCUUGACCAAGUGGCUGAAACCCGAUGCCAAAGACAUUGCGGAAUCCAAGGACUUUGCGUCCAGUCGAAUCAUCACUCCUUUGUUGGCAAUCCUGCAGAAGCCAGAAACUUCGCAGGAGCAGCGAGCCUUCAUCUUCAAUGUGAUCCGUCAAGGUAUGCGAUAUGAAAUCAUUUCCGCGGUCUCCUUCACUUCAGCUUCUUCGUCUUCAACGUCGUCGUCAGGACGGAGCAAGAGCAAAGGUGCCCAACAACUCUUGCAAGUGUUGCGGCCCUUGGAACGGUCAGUGGAUCGCUUGAGCUCAUUGGAAAACUAUCAUGAACUCUUUCGAGAUUUGUCCGUGGCAUUUUCAUCUGCAUCGGUUUUGAAGAAAGUGUGCUUAGUCACCACUACAAAGGCUCACGCGAUGCUCAUCCUUGAAGAUGUGGUGCCCAAGCUCAUGCGCGUUAUAGGGGAGAUCAAGGACUUCUUGCCACGCUUUAAAGAUGCAACCACCUUUCAACUUGAUAUACCCUCGAUUUGCAUCGACUCCCAAACGCGAAAAGUCAUUUCCAACAAGUACAACCUUCUGCCUUAUGUUUUCAAUGCCCGGCUUUUUCGAGAGCUGUGUGGAGCCAUCUCGAAUGUUGGUCAGUGCUUGUCCAAUUUGCAGUCGGACCUGCUGGAAAACACCAAUUGCGUUCCCAUUUUGCAACUGUUGGCUUAUGACCUGGGCGACGGAUUGCGAGACUUGUACAACAUGUUGAAAGACGUUGAUGUAGAUAUUGGAACAACAAACAUGUCCCUGUUGGAAAAUGUGGACACAGACAUGACCUUUCUCAUCGAUGCUAUGGCGCACAUUGUCCAUGUUUGCAACCGGAAGAUGCAUGCACGGGUGGUGGAAGUCAUGUACACAUUGCUGCAUUCACGAGGACCACAGAUGCCUAGACUUGAAUGCAAGAAGCAGGAUGUGCUCAAAGCCACUCAGGACUACCGUAUUGUAAGUCACAUUUUGGAGAACAAAGAUGAAGGAGGUCAAAGAGGUCAAAGCCAGACGGUCUUCUUGGAGUCUCGAAGUGAGCGUGCUUUUACCUUUUCCUUGUGGGCCAAAACGGACAAGGAUGUGAAGGUGGAUUUGCGCAUUUCCUUUGAUUGCUUUUCAACAUCCAUGAGUCAAGCUGAACUUGCAAAGGCAGUCAAGAACGGUGAAGAUAAGUUGCCCAUCGAAGCGUCCUUGAAAUUGCUACGGAGACAGGGUGAUAUGGCCUUCCAUGUGAGAUACAGUGAAGAGAGAAGCACGGAUGACUACAAAUACCGGAGGAUGAGAAUCUGGGACUGGCGAGACAAGAAUGAUCAGACAAUCAAGAACAUCCUGAAUCACAAGGGUUGGGCAUAUUUUGCCUUUACUUUGAACAUCUCUGAGCAGAAGAUUCGGGGAGAGAUGAAGAAGUCGCAAGAUCCGACCACUCGUCUUCAGAUGAAGUUCCACGACACGAAAGCAACUGCUGAUUUGAGAAUUUUGUGUUGCAUCCGGCAAUCGAAGCCCCUUCAGACAAUUCGCUUGGAAAUGACCAAGGCUGAUGAACAAUACGAUGUUGUGCAGGAGCUGGGUGAUGACGAGUAUUCCCAGAGCAAUGUAAAUCGCAGCGAUGUUGGUCAAACUGGAGUUACCACCACUGGCCUAACAUCUCAAUCAAGUGCCAUGCAAAGUGCCAUGCAAAUGCCAAGCAUGAAAUCAAGCGCUUUGACUUCUGAGGAUGGAGAUGUUUCGCAUGUGGGCAAGGGUGCCAGUGCUAGUCAAUUCAUGGGCAGGAGCGAGGGGAAAAGCUCAUUUUUCAGUUCAGGGUCCAAUGCCAACCUUGAGUCGAGAAGUGAGUUUGAGAAGAAGGAAGGGAAGGACGGAAAGGAUGGAAAGGACUCCAAGGCAAAUCCCUUCGAUGAUCCUCUUCAUGCUUUUGAAAAGACCCAGCUCGAGAACUUCAUGGCUGUUCUACUGCCCUUUGAAGUUCAUGAGGGUGCUGUGCAUGGCUUAUUGCAGAUUGCACCUUCGGAUUACUCCCCAGAGCAAAGGGCACAAGUCAUGAGCUCAAUCACCAUGCCUGAUGUCUUCUUACAGCACAAUCUGAUUCCGCUCUUGGUUCCCAUGUGUAGUGGACACGCGUCCGAGCAACUCACGAGAUGGGCCUGCAACACUCUGUAUCUCAUGCUCAUGGCCUUUGCCCGUCCUGUGCCUGCUGGUUUGACGGAAGAAGUAGAAGCGCUGAAAGCUCAUCGAAAUUUCGAUGGCUUGCUACAGCGCUUUUUACACACCUGCCAACUUGGAAACCCAAGCGACAAUUUGGGUGGGGUGCGUGUCUUGAUGGAUGUCUUUUGGAAGCUUUUCACUCGUCGCAGGCGCUUCAUUCCAGCGGCCGAAUAUUUUCAGUCCCUGGAUGAUGCCAAUAUCAAAGCUGACAACUAUUAUCACGUUCCAUUCUUGGCCUCGGUGGUGCAUGUCUUGACCGUCCUUUGUAUUGGCCGAGAGAAUCGCGCUGUCCGGGUCACUCAGGACUUCAUCGCCAAGGAGCUCAUGGUCACCAAUGAGGCGGCAGCAUCUCGACGACGUCCAGAACCUGAGAACCAUGAGAACUACUGGGCAACACAUGCCAUCACCACACAAAGUAGUGGCAUGGCAGAAAAGACACCAGCUGCUUCGAAAAGGAAGACCUUGCAGCAACUUUUUCAGGAAAAGGAUCGCUUUGUCCUCUUGAGCAUUGGUACAUCAGUCUUUUUUGAUCCACAUGAUCCUGAUCUUGAGUCUAGUGAAGGAGUGAAAUUUCCGCGAGUGCUUUGGAACCAGGAGAGGGUUCAGCCUCCCCGAUAUGCUGGCGGUCAGCACAGCGAUGAUGUCACACAGCGUGUGGGAGACAAGGUCUCGCUUGAGCGAUUUUUGUACUUUGCUUUGAUCAAUUUAUUGGCACACUUGUGUGCCGAUCGACAUACCCUGAAUGCAAAGCUCCUCUCUCGAUACAUUCCUGAUCCAAUAACAAGAUCUCAGCUGGUUCAGCAAGAAACCUUGAUGAACGCAGGUCUCCGAUUUGUUCCACCCGGAGAACUGCUUCAAAAUGCUCUCACAGAUCCAAAUGUAGAGCCCCGAGAUUUGGGAGACAUCAGUGACUUGGCAGGCCUGUCUGCACACACUGCGCUGCUCUUGUAUGCAUAUUUGGGGCAACCACCUUUCUCGGACGAGGAACGUCGAAGCACUGUGAUUCAGUCUGUGUAUUUGGAUGGCCGACGGGCAGACGAUGAUGACACCGUCUAUGAUGAUGCAGGAUCCAAUCUGACGCUUUCAAGCAAACCUUUGCAAGACCUAUGCCACAUGUGUUCGUGGCAGCUGGCAAGUCUCGCCGACUUGUGCGACAACAUGUGUAGCUUUAACAACAAGCCGAUGCCGAAACCUCCUCAGGGCUUUACGGACGAGAUGAGUGCCCUCAUCAGCGCUUUGAGUAAGAUGUUGAGCAAGCUUAUUGGCUUGGGGUACUUCGAGCGCUUUCGGAUGGACGCUUUCGCCAACAGUUCCACGACAAAGGAGUCUGCCAACAUCUACAAGAUUGAUCACUUGGUCAGCAUCUUCACCCUGAUGCACAAGCUUCAGAGAACUCACCGAAGCGUGACGACCCCACUAUUCCUCGCUGGUCUAACAGACGUUUGCAAAGUCAUCAACCAGUGCUGUGCACUCUCUGUGAAUGAGAAUAUCUUGCAGUUCAUGACGGGCUUUCUGGAAUUCAUUCCUCCCACAGUUCGGUCAAAGGUUGGUGCUAGCAUCCGGCUUCCCAUUCGAGAGAAAGCUCCUGCAAAGAGCAUCACAGCAUUUGAGAUGGAAGAGUGCGAAAGCAUUGAACGGAUCUUGGCAGAUCUGGGAAAACUUUCUUUGCCUUGGGAAGCUGAGCAUGUUGGCGUCUCUGAAGCUGCAAGGAACUUAGCAGAGUUUGUCACAGUACUGCUAGACUUUGUGUCCUUGCCUGAUGCAAAGCUAGCAAUUCAAGCGGUCAAGCUCCUGGCGAGACUCUGCCGUCGACGCAAGGACUUCUUGGAGGCCAAUCUGAACGGCUAG